AUGGUGCAACUUGAUACUGCAGCAGACGUAUGUCAUAUCAGAUUGCUCAUGAAAUUUCUGGUAUCCAAACUGAUAGAACAGAUUGCAUGCUACACAAGGAAAGAUCCAUUACUUUCAAAGGCAUUGCAGAGUCUGAUAUCUGGUAAGGACGCUUUACUGUCACAAGCUGAGUUUAAACCUUUUGUAGAUGCCUAUGGCGAAUUAUCGGAAGAGAAAGGCUGCAUUCGUAAAGGAGCAAGGGAAGUAGUGCCCACUAAACUCCUUAAGCAGUCACAUUCUUGGGAUUAUCCUAGUACAGCUCGACAAAGGUUACAUAUUGACUAUGCUAGUCCAUUUUUGGGUCAGUUUUUGAUUGUUGUAAAUGCAUUCAGUGAAUGGUCUGAGACAGUACCGAUGAAUUCUGCCAAUUCACUAAAUACAAUAAAAGCUUUAAUGAGGAUAUUUCCAACUCACGGCAUUCCAGGGCAAAUUGCUUCUGAUAAUGGAACUCAGUUUACCUCUAAUGAAUUUCAGACAUUUUGCAAAGCUAACAAAACCAAACAUACCUUUAAUGCAACAUACCAUCCUGCUACAAAUGAUGGCAAGAAUCUGAAGAGACACAUAAAUCAUCUAAGACCAUCUUAUCUGGACACUUCCGGGGAAUCCGAAGGUCUUGUAGCGUGGUUAAAGUGUGGGGGCACCGACACUUACCCUACUACAGGAGCUGACGAGUGA